UAAUAUUGCUUCAAUGGGAUCAGAAGGAAACCCAGCUAAUAUCAAUUCUGGAGUAAAUGUCAACACAGCCGAGGUUGGGGAGGAAGAAACCGUUGAUGAAAUUAAAAAGUAUUUUGAUGCAAGGUAAAAUACAUUGCUCUCUUGAAAUAUUUUUCUUUAUGCAUUUAUGUAUUGUACUUUAUACCAACGUCAGCCGAGCAUGUUCUACAAUAUACUGUUUAAGGUUAACUGAUUAUAAGCAUAAGAGUUUUAAAUUCAGUUUAUUCUUUUCUUGCAUGUGUAGAUACAUUUCUGCUUGCGAAUCAACAUGGAGAAUUUUUGCCUUUCCAACUCAUUACCGAUCUACACCUGUUGAGAAACUUACGUUUCACCUAGAAGGAGAUCAACCCGUCAUUUAUAGGCAGGGUGAUACAGUUGACACGGUUAUGGCUCGGGUUAAGACAGCAAAGACGAUGUUCUUAGCUUGGUUUGAUUGUUGCGAGAAAUAUCCCGAAGCUAGACUUCUCACGUAUGCCGAACUUCCAACAAAAUUCAUAUACGAUGCGAAGGCAAGUGUUUGGAAAAUAUGCAAAAAAGGCAUUGCUAUUGGAAGGUUAACACCAGUUUCUCCAAGUGCGGGAGCACUUUAUUAUCUGAGGGUAUUGAUUAAUAAGGUUAAAGGUCCAAGGUCUUAUGAUGACAUCAAGACAGUAGAUGGAAUUCUUUGCCCAAGUUAUGAGGAUGCAUGUUAUAAGCUUGGUUUGUUGGAUGAUGACAAAGAAUAUAUCGAAGGUCUAAAAGAGUGUAGUUUCUGGGCAACAGGAAGUUAUGUUCGCAAUCUCUUUGCACAAAUGUUAAUAUCUGAAAGCUUAUCCACGCCAAAAUUGGUUUGGGAUUCAACUAAAGACAUUUUGUCCGAAGACGUUCUAUACCUAGAACGUAAAAAGCGGCGAAAUCCAAGUAUGUUUCUUAAAUAUUUUGACAAAGAAAAAAUAAACGUAUAUCACUAACACCUAAUUUACUGAGUCGUCACAUGAUUGCAGAUUUCAUCUUGACGGAAGAACAGAUUGA